AUGGUACCUGCAUCGCUUAACGGUCGUUUUGUGAUUCGUUUCUGUGUUUGUGCGGAGCAUGCCACCGAGAAAGAUAUACACAUCGCAUACGACAUUAUAUCUCAAACCGCUGCACACUUAUUCCGUUUGUUCCACUUUUUUUGCUCGUCAGAAAGUUUGGUUUCCGAUACACUUGUUGAAGAGGCUGAAUUAGAAACUCUGGAAGAAAAGGAAUUCGGCGAAAAACAGAAGUCGCAGAAAAAUCUCAGCAAAGAAGAAAUACUGAAGCAAAAAGACCGAGCAACGCUGUCCGAAAGACGCUCGUUUCUUGUCCGAAUGGUUUCCGAUCCGAAGUGUUACAAUCCGAAGAUAGUGCGUCAUUUAACGAUGAGCACCCACCAAAAAAUGAGCGAGGAUGUUGCUCGGGAUCUUUCCUUAAUGUAA